AUGACAUCUGAAUUUGAAGUUCACCCUCCUCGCAAGAUCCUAGUUGUAGUGACAGUAGGAGGCUCUACAAAUUCAGCACCGAUUCUCGAGAUCUGCCGUAUCCUCGCAGAACGUGGGCACACAAUUGAUUUCGCAACCCUUGCGGCCCGAGAAGGACUCGUCAAGCCAUACCCCUUCGUCAGCGCGGUGCACAUCGUCGGACGUGCUAUCACCGCGCCUGAGGACGAGCAGCUGUACAUGCGGCUCAGCCAGUGGGACAACCGAAGCUAUCGUGGAAGGAAAGACUACUUGCAGUGCAAGAAGUUUUACGACAGCUUCUGGCCAGAGACGUACCGGGGGCUCAAACAUGUCGUUCUUACUACCAAGCCGAACUUCAUCUUCGCAGACUACCAAUUGGAUGCUGCUCGAGAUGUGGCGACAGAAUGCUGCAUUCCGCUCGCGAUGCUGUGGCCGCAGAUGCCCUGGCUUCUGGCGCCGCAGAGUUGGAUUCCUGGUGUUCCCGGGACACAGACGAGGUGCCUAACAAGUGAACAUGCAAGUAUGUAUGAUCGAGUGUUCGAGCAGACAUAUUUCUUACGAUAUGCGCCCAACCUCAUCGAUCUGUACACUUGGACGAAGAAGCUGCGGCGAGCGAAUGGAGUAAAUACGAUGCCAUCCCUCAAGCCCCACCCAGAUCAUCUUGUUUUCGUCAACUCCUUUUUCGGGUUCGAGCCGCCAAAGCCGCUGCCUCCCUUGAUGCUGGCAGCCGGGCCUGUUUUGUCGGAGACAUGGGCGCCACUUGACGAGGCAUCCGAGAAUUUUCUGCAGCUGAAGAAAUCUGUCGCCUACGUAGCCUUCGGCACACAUGUUAUCCUGGCAUUAAAUAUCGUAGAAAAGCUUCUUGAAGGUCUCGCGGACGCUAUGAGACAAGGUCAUAUCGACGGGGUUAAUGUGAGCUCCUCGUGGCUCUUCCUGGAAGACGCGCCUCAACGUGCUCUCCUUAACCAUCAGUCCGUCACCCUUUUCCUCACUCACGCUGGCCCAUCAUCUGCAAAUGAAGCAAUCUUCCACGGCGUGUCGAUGCUCUCGAUGGCAAUUUACGGUGAUCAGAUCCACAACAGCAUGCGCCUUGUCGAGGCGGGAGUAGCUCUGGCCAUCAAUAAACACAGCUUCACUGCUUCUGAGGUCACAAACUCGAUUGAGAGCAUUUUGACAGAUACAGACGGCGAGUUCAGUCGCAACGUGCAGCGCAUGCAGCGCAUUGCCACGGUUGCCAGCCGGCGAAAACACGUGGCGGCUGACCUGGUAGAGGAGCAUAUGUAUGAUUGGGAGUUGCGCUUUGAGCAUGAGUGGCCUAAUGACACGGAUGUGGAAGGAUUAGUAAAUGGUGGAAGAGGAAAGGAGCUGGGAAAGAUGCACCUGCAAACUGCUGAUGCACGGAUGUCAUGA